AUGUCGGAAGUACAGGCCGCCGUGGCCCCAAAGCGCAAGGGGCCGAAUAGACGCAUCCCAGACCGCCUGAGAAAACGAUCAGCUCAGAGCUGUGAUCUCUGCCGGAAGCGCCGCUGCAAGUGCGUUCCCGAUCCCUCUGGCCACGGCUGCAUGGCAUGCCGGGGCCAGGGUCUUGAUUGUGCCUUCACUCUUCCGCGGAAGACCCGCUUUUACGGAAGUGUAGACGACCUCAGUGACCGAUACAAAUGCCUCGAGGCCAUUGUCCGUGGGGCGUUUCCCGGUGACCCAAUUUCCACCGCCGCAGAGUUGCGGCAGCUUGGGCAACGCAUGGGCUACCUCAUGCCCGAUCCGCCUGCCCAGUCAGCUGAGCCUGCCGAUAUCGAUGAGAUAUUACAAACCUCAAGCACUGCCGCCAUUUCUGGGAGCCACAGUCUUGGUUCUGAGACCCUAAAGCCAGACAACCAGGAUGCGGGCGUUCUUGAUGCCGACACGCGCUUCGUCAAGACAGACGACGAGUCCUCUGGCGAUGAACCCCUGAGUCUCAUCCGGGACACCUCCGGGCGUGAGCAUUACAUCGGCCCGUCGGGAAGUCUCCAAUUCUUCAGUCAGCUCCGGCGGCUCGUGAUAUCGCGCGAGAAACAGCAGAGUCUGGACGAGCAAAGCCCCCCGACCGUAUCUAAGUUCACCGAGGACGAUACCGCUCAAGCCCUAGAGGCUGAUACUAAUCAUGAUGAUGCGGCCGACCCUACGUCUGAGCAAUCUCUCGACAACACCAGUCCGAGUCAUGGAUUAUCCCCAGGCUCUAUCACAUCAUCGAUCGCAAAAGAGUUUACGAAGCAGCCAUAUGACGUUGCCGACGAGGUCUUCAAACAGCUCCCACCACGCCACAUCGUCGACCUUCUUCUACAAUCAUUUUUCAAGCAUGUCCACGGAGACUUCCCGCUUUUCCACAGGGGCACCUUUGAGGAAGAAUACGAAUCGUAUCUAGGCUCAUUAAGGCAGAAGAACUCUAGACAACAGGCCAUAGCACCCGCACAGGUCGAGUGGGGCUGGAUAGGCUGCCUGCAGAUGAUGAUUGUCUUCGGGUCUUUGUCUCAGCCAGAUAUUGCGGGCAUCGACCACGUCGCGUUACGGAGGCAAUGCGUGACCAACUCAAGAAACCUGUUGCCUCAGCUGAUCUCCAAAUGCACGCUGUCGAACGUCAGGGCCCUUUUGCUACUCUCGCUCUUCCUCCACAACAACAACGAGAGAAACGCCGCGUGGAAUCUCGUCGGAACCGCAACACGCAUCUCAUUUGCCCUAGGCUUGCACAGACAAGAUGUUGCUGCAUCUUUCAGGCCAAUUGAGCGAGAAGUCCGGAAGCGAGUAUUUUGCACCUUGUACUGGUUUGAGCAGUUCUUGGCUUCAAGCUUGGGGCGACCCAGUGGCCUGAAUGACUGCGAUGUUGAGGUUGCGUCCCCAAGAGAGGGCGUCUUAAGUGGCUAUGAUGAGGGGGAUGAGCUCAACAGCCUUUCCCUGAAACUACAGGUGAUCUUGGGAAAGGCUCGCAUCUCACAAGCUGUUCGCCAUUCCAAUGAUACCCAGAGGACUUCUACAAGACAGGAGGAGUCUGCUUGGGAGACACUAGCAUCGUUGAAGUCGUGGAAAGCAGAGGCCAAAUCUUGCCAGAUACUCAAUAUCCCCUGCAUUUCCGAACCAGGAGACCCCCUUGCCGAGAAGGACGAGGACUCUAUCUCCUUCCAGCAGUUGAAAACACUUCUAGGAUGGCAGAACAAGUCGAGGCUCCGAGCUGCUCUCCUCUUACACAUGCAAUAUCGUUAUAUUGCAGUAAUGGUCACCCGGCCAUUCCUUCUACGAGACGUGGCACUGUCACGCCGCUUGGAAAAGAAUACAACAUCUUCAAGGGCAGGCCAAGCUAAGGACCCGUCUCUGGCGGAGCUUUCUGUCCAGAACGCCUGCCAGCUGACUCGAAUUGUACUUUUGCUUGACUCGUUUGGCAUUGUGAAUGGAAUAUCGGGCAUGGACGUGUUCUACACAUACUGUGCCUCAAUGGUACUCAUUCUGCGGUCGCUGCGCGAUCCAACGACGGAUACCUCGGAACAAACACUCCAAGCAGAGAUGCGGCAAUUGAUCUCAGCUUCUCGAGAGGUCGUCCUCCGGGUGGUCAAGAGCGGCACUAUGAAGCGUUUCGCGCGGGUUAUGGCCUCCUUCGAGGACAGUGUCUUCCACCAUUCGCAUUCGGCAGGUUUGGGUGCCGACAACGGCCAGUCAAAUGGCCAAAUGCGCAGAGCAACGGCUGGAAACAACCGCAUACACAGUAGCCAGCCAGCAACUCCCAAUGUUCAGGCCCGAAUGCCCCUGGACCCUAGACUGCAAGGUGCCGCGGCGCUACCCCCUGGAAGUUUUGAUGAUCAUCAACGGAUGGGCGAAAUGUGGCCUCAGACCAGCCUGGUCACCUUCGAAGGUUUGCCGGACUUCAACAGCUGGAUGGUACCUUUCUUCGGGGGUGUCGAAGUUGAUACUCCCAUGAUGGAAUGGGGCGAAUUUGAUGCUCUACUGGCGGGGCAAGGAACACAGCAGUAG